UUUCUCUUUCCUUUAUAUAUCGGCGUCGGCGUUUUCUGCACAUAUUCUCUGCUCUUUGCAUCGCAGUGUGCCAGACCGCUUUCCAAAAUAAACCUCUUCUUGCCGCCUAAUCUCUUCUUUUCUUCUUCUCAAGUCUUCACCCAAUUAGCCACUGCGUCCACUUGCGUCUCCCACCAAUCCUACUUUCACCAUUGUAUCACCUUACUUUCUGUUCAGUAAUCAACAUCACAUUAAUCUCUAUCUAUCGACACCAUGACUACCGCACCUCCCAACAAUCGUGCUUCUCUUCUUGCAGGCCUUCGCACAGGCGGCGUACGCUCUUCCUCGACGACUCUCCCCCACACCGCCGCUCCAGGUGCUUCUUUUAACAUCACUCGUUUCGCAUCACAGCAUCAUCAGCCUUCAGUGUUCCCAGAGGAGGACGAAGAUGAUCAGCUCGCCGAAAUGCCUUCACAGAAUGUGUACGUCAACAAACAGUACGGUGGCAAUCGGACCCUGCCAAUGACCGCCGCUGUCGACGGAUCCAACAACCGAUUUGCUCAACAGCAGCGGGGCAUGAAUCCGAACAGUGCUCCAUUCACUCCAUCCUUUGCUGCCCCAAAUGUGAUCACACAGCCCAACAAUGUUCAAGCUCAGGCAUUUCAAUUACAGAUGAUGCAAAUGGAGUUGAUGAGACUUCAGGCCGUUCAAGCUCAGCAGCAAGCUCAGCAAUAUCAGGCUGAACUUUUGGCCCAGGCCCAGCGCCAGCAGCAACAGCAGCAGUCUCAGAACCGCAGGGCUAGUUUGGGUUUUACCGCUGCCUCCGCAGGUCCCAUGUCAACCGCAUUUGAUUUGCGCUCUGCUACCUUGAGCGCUCAGAUGCGCCGGGCAAAGGAGCAACAACCCCAGUCUGUGGUUGGUGAUGAACCUAUGACGGCUGCGUUAGGCGGUAGAUUUGGAAGUCGGGUCCCGAGCGUCCCUACGGUUCCGAUGUCCAGAUACAAUAACGACGAUAAUGAUGGUGCACCUCUACCUCCCACCCCUAACUCUACGACGGUCAUCAGCGGAGGCACUUCCCUGGGUAACCCUGCCUCAAAUAACUUGAACUCGACCGGCGCGCCGUCCAAGUCCGACUCCGCAGCUUCCUGGAGGCGGGCCGACAGGAACAAUUCUGUUCUCAGGGCGAAUCGGGCCGUGACUUCCCCGAGUGUCAAGGUGACGCCUCCCCCUGGUGAACGUAUCUCCCCACCCCCUGGACUGGCCGUCGCAGCUCCCAAGGCUCGGCCCCAACCGCUUCGUUUCAGUCCCGCCGUAUCGCAGCCGUUGCCCGCCGUAACCAUCGAUACAAGCGAAGGCGAUGAUGAUGCUGAUUCGAUCAGUUCUUCCAAGUCCGGUGGAUCCAAUUCGUCCCCUACCAGUCCUCACUCAUCCUCUUCCAACGAAAUGCCUCUCUCGCCGCGCGAAGAGGCAAGUAAGAAGUUGUACGAAGGUCUGGGAAUUGGAAGACCGCGUUCGGCCGUUUCCAACACCAUUGGUGGCAUUGAUGUUGCUCAGGCUCAGGAGUCAGUCCCGAUACCGGUUGUAUUUGGCCACAGGUUGGCCAGUCAACCGACAAGGCAGCCCCGCGGGCCGCCUUCGGGCGCCGACGAACUAGGUCCUAAGAACUUCGCGACUCGCAUAAGGAGAAAAGCCAUUGGAGGUUUGGGAAUGUUGAUGGGAGCAAGAGAGCGAAGGGAGCUUGUCGAAGCGUUUUGAACGCUCUACUGCUCUUCUUUGCGAAAUAUGAUGCCUUUUGAUGAUUAACAACAGAUAUUUAUUGUGUCGGCCAGGUUCAUCUGAGGUCGAGUGGUGUUUAGUAACA